AUGUGGAAACCUUCUAUUACAGGCACAAAUAAUAUUCCUUUAGGAAAAAGAAGGCUAUAUGAUACAUCUGAUGAACAAGAAUUACAAGUAACCCAAAAUUACAGUCCGGAGCCUAACUACCCUACUGGAUUUUCACUUAAAAGAUCUAAUGAUAAUGACGACGACCAACAAUCAGAUGAAAGAGAAGAACGUAAGCGUAAGAGAAGAAGUAGAUGGGGUGGCGAGGAAUCAAAGGUAAACAUUCCAGGACUACCAACUGCAAUCACUUCAAAGAUGUCAAAGGAACAGUUGGAUGCCUAUCUUUUACAUAUGAGAUUAGAAGAAAUUGGCAGAAAAUUAAGAACUGGAGAUUAUGUUCCACCAGAACGUGAAAGAUCGUUAUCACCCAAACCUAUUUAUGAUUCACAAGGAAAGCGUGUCAAUACUCGGGAGUAUCGUUAUCGUAAAAAAUUAGAAGAUGAAAGACACAGGUUAAUCGAGGAUGCUAUCAAAAUGAAUCCAGAUUUUAAACCACCUGCUGAUUAUAAGCGUCCUACCAAAAUGCAGGAUAAAGUUUAUAUACCAGCAAGAGAAUUUCCCGAGAUCAAUUUCAUUGGUUUAUUGAUUGGUCCUCGUGGUAACACUUUAAAAAAAAUGGAAUCAGAAUCCGGUGCCAAGAUUAGUAUUCGUGGUAAAGGAAGUGUCAAAGAAGGAAAGAGUAGGACAGAUUCUGCUGCAAAUGCUAAUCAAGAAGAAGAUUUGCAUUGUCUGGUUACUGCUGAUUCCGAGGAUAAGGUAGAGAAGGCAGUUGAAAUGGUCAAUAAGAUUAUUGAAAAUUCAGCUUCCGUUCCGGAAGGUCAAAACGAACUUAAAAGACAACAAUUACGUGAAUUGGCAGCUCUUAAUGUGUACUGA